AUCACGUGUGGGAUCAGCUGACACGCCAGCAAACAAAAUAUGAGUGCAACUUUGGCCGAGUUCACUGGAGGAGGGAAGAAGUCUACAAGGACCCAUCAGUUUCCUGCCUGCAGAGAGGACAGACAGCAUGAGCACCGCGGGAAAAGUAAUCAAGUGCAAAGCUGCUGUGCUAUGGGAGACUCACAAGCCCUUCACCAUCGAGGACAUUGAAGUUGCACCCCCCAAGGCCCAUGAAGUUCGCAUUAAGAUGGUGGCCACCGGAGUCUGCCGCUCAGAUGAUCACGUGGUUAGCGGAUCCCUGGUCACACCUCUUCCUGCAGUUCUAGGCCACGAGGGAGCUGGCAUCGUUGAGAGCAUUGGAGAAGGGGUGACUUGUGUGAAACCAGGUGAUAAAGUCAUUCCACUCUUUUCUCCUCAAUGUGGAACAUGCAGGGUUUGCAAGCACCCAGAAAGCAACUUUUGUUCCCUCAACAAUCUGACACAGCCUCAGGGGACUUUGCUGGAUGGCACGACCAGGUUCUCCUGCAGGGGAAAGCCCAUCCACAACUUCAUCAGCACCAGCACCUUCUCCCAGUACACUGUGGUAAAUGAUAUAGCCGUGGUCAAGAUUGAUGGGGCUUCACCCCUGGACAAAGUCUGCCUCAUCGGCUGUGGGUUCUCGACUGGUUAUGGCUCUGCCGUCAAAGUCGCCAAGGUGACUCCAGGCUCUACCUGCGCUGUGUUUGGCCUCGGAGGUGUCGGUCUGUCUGUUGUCAUUGGCUGUAAAGCAGCAGGAGCAGCCAGGAUCAUUGCUGUGGACAUCAACAAAGACAAGUUUGCCAAAGCCAAAGAGCUGGGUGCAACUGAGUGCAUCAACCCUCAAGACUACAGCAAACCCAUCCACGAAGUUCUCCAGGAGAUGACUGAUGGAGGGGUCGACUUUUCAUUUGAAGUCAUCGGCCGUCUUGACACCAUUACUUCUGCCCUGUUAAGCUGCCAUGCAUCAUGUGGUGUAAGUGUCAUUGUAGGGGUGCCUCCUAAUGCCCAAAACCUCUCGAUAAACCCCAUGCUGCUGUUGCUGGGACGCACCUGGAAAGGAGCAAUAUUUGGCGGGUUUAAGAGUAAAGAUUCUGUCCCCAAGCUUGUGGCUGAUUUCAUGGCUAAGAAGUUUCCAUUGGACCCGUUGAUUACCCAUGUUUUACCUUUCGAAAAAAUAAAUGAAGCAUUUGACAUGCUUCGUACUGGGAAGAGUAUCCGUACCGUCCUGACGUUCUGAGAUCAUAUGGAUGCCUUCCCAUGCACCAGUUUCUGACCCCUCCACCUGACCAAAUCAAGCACCAGCCACAUCACAGCCUUAAUCUUGUUCUUUAGAGACACAGUUAAUAAUGUACUUGUGUAAGCUUGCCACAAGAAACUGAGUUUUCUAUGAAAUCUGUUUCAUCCACAUGUUUAAAAUCCUACCGAGAGUUAUCACACCUCAGCUGGAGAACUGUAGGGUACCAAACCAUCCUUCUUAUCUGAUUGGACUUAGAUCAUCUCUCCUACUGGGGACACUGUAUCUUGUUGACAUCUUGAAUUCUUUUCUCUUUGGAAUCUUAGUCACUGAUACUCAAUGGAGAAGACAGAUCUUUCUACCCCAAUACACACAGAAUGUCCUAUGUGCUCAGUCCUCCCCAAUGCACACAGAAUGCCUUAUGUGCCCAGUCUUCCAGCUACAGCCUUUCCACUGUCUGAACUUCCUUCUUUAUGAAAUGCAUGAGUGUGUAGUAAGAACCACAGCACACCAAUGGACAGAGCUGGGCUGGAAGCUGGAGAAUCUCUGUCUUAGCAACUAGAAGGGAACAUCCCACAGGGCCACUCUGUUCUUAUGCUCUUUUGUAGACAAUGAAUAUAGAAUCGGUCCCUUCAAUAAAAGUCAGUCUGUCAACACCUCCAGAAAUAGCACAGUGGGAGGGAGUGGGGAGAAGAGCAGUGGGCUAGCAGCUGUGCUCCCGGUGUUGAGCAGUGGCUGUAGGACUAGAGAGCCAGGCCACAGUUGUGGGGACAUUACUCCAGAGUUGAAGAAAAGAAACAUUGACAUUUGGUAAUUUCUUACUUCCACUAAACAGGCAUUGUUACUCCCGUGCUGUUAUAACCAUUACUGAGAAUUCCCUUUAAAUGUUAAAGUAGCAACGUUAUCCAGAUACAUUAAACACUGUCUGCCAAAUAUCUAACAAUA